CUGAUCCAAACCUUCUUAUAUCGAAUAGAACUUCCGUAGCGUGAGCAAUGUAUAAAUUGUGAACAGAAAUUUUUUUUUUAGUAAAUUCAAGUUGAAAAUUUAACUCUUCUCGACGAAAUAAAUUAAUAAUUUUAUUAAUUAUUAAUGGAUAAAUUAAUAAAUAUUUAUAAAAGUAUUUUAAACAAUAUUAUAAAAUAAUGUGUUGAAUAAUAUUUGGUAAUAUUUCUUGUUUAAGACAGAGUGUAAAUUGAAAUAGGAAAUUAAAAGCAGAGUUAGAAUAAUGAAAUUUAAUUUACUUUCGUGUAUUAGAAAUAGUGAUGAAGAAAAAAGUGAAAAAGCAUAUAGUUAUGAUGUGAAUAAGCAGCAUGGUAGUCAAGCUUUGCAAUUUAUUGCAGCAAUCAGUGCCUGCAUCUCGGGAAUUGGAUUCGGCGCAUGUGAAACAUGGACAUCACCAGCUCUGCCUUAUCUAAAGAGUCAAAAAUCCGAAUUUCCCGUCUCUGUUGUUCAAGGCUCAUGGAUCGCUUCAUUAUUCAGUCUCGGUGGGAUUUUCGGCUACAUUAUCUAUCCCCUUCUAGUGAAUCGAAUUGGCCGUAAAAAUUCCCUUCUUCUGUUUUCCUUGCCGCAAAUAAUCGGUUGGAUGACAACCAUUUUCGCCAAAAGUUACAUUUCCCUCUACAUAUCGCGUAUUAUCAGCGGAAUUGGUUACUGUUCAUCUCUUGGACUACUGGUCAUCUAUCUCGGUGAAAUUGCUGACAAGGACAUAAGAGGAAUACUCCUAUUUAUUAUAAAAAUAUCCUACGACAUUGGUAUCCUAGUUGUCGCCGUGGCAGGUGCUUUUCUGUCCUAUCACAAAAUGAAUUGCCUACUACUUUCAUUGCCAAUCUUUUUUCUCGCUACAUUUCUCUUCAUGCCGGAAACACCCUAUUAUUAUCUUUUGCGAGGUGACGACAAAAUGGCCAUAAAAACCCUAAUGAAACUACAAGGCUUUAAGGAUUCCGAUCAGGUCAAGGUUGAAAUUGAAAGAAUGAAAUUGGCAACAAAGGAAGAGAAUUUAAAGGGGAAUAGUUUAUGGAAAUUGUUUCGUUAUAAAAAACACAGAAAGGCAUUGCUGAUUGCACUUUGUGCCGAUAUUACUAAAGUGUUUUCUGGUUAUUUUGCAAUUUUAACCUAUACUCAGACUAUUUUUUGCUACAAUAAAUCAUCAAUUGAUCCAAAGUACGCGACAAUUAUUAUGGUUGUUGUGAAAAUAGUUUCCGGACUAUUUGCAUCACAAUUAAUUGAUUCGGUCGGUAGGAGAAUUUUAGUGAUAUUUUCGGGAAUAUUUGCGUCAAUAUCAUUGGCUAUUGUUGGUGCAUUUUAUUAUUUACAAUAUUUAAGGGUUGAUUAUUUGCCCUCAAUAAGUUGGUUACCACUAAUGGGUUUGACAUGCUUCGAAGUGUUUUGCGCAUUUGGAGUGAGUCCAAUGCCAUUUGUAUUGCUUGGUGAACUUUUUCCAACUGAUGUUAAAGGACCAGCGACAGCGUGUGUCACAAUAAUAACGGAAUUUUUACUCUUUAUCGUUACUUUUGGUUUUGAGGUGCUCAAUAAAGCUGAGGGUAUUUACACCAGUUUUUGGAUUUAUGCAAUUUGUUGCUUCAUUGGUUCGGUGACAUUAUUCUUUGUAAUGCCCGAAACAAAGGGUCGAAAUCUCGAGGAAAUUCAACACAUUCUCGAGAAAAAAAAGUCUCACAAGCCAUCGGCUAUUUGAAAUUUGUUUUAUUCAUUACCGAAAAGAAUUUUUUAUAUUAUUUAAAUUUUUUUUUCUUAAUAUGUCUUGCGAUUAAAUCUAGUGUAUAUAUUUAUUCAAAGAAUUUCCAUGAAAUUCUAAUUAAUUUUGUAUGUCUUAUUUUCUAAUCUAGAGAUUAGAAAGUCAGGGCUCGAACUAGGUCCGUAAAUCCCGUAAAAGUCCGUAACUUUGCUUGAAGUCCGUAAAAGUCCGUUUUUUCGAAAAAAGGUCCGUAAAGUCCGUAAUUCGA